GCCAUGUGGUUAUGAUAUUAUUGAGAUUCCAUAAUGCCUCCUGCCGUGACAGACAGCCUUGACAUCUGGGCAGUGGAUUCACAGAUUGGUGCUGAUGGCUCAAUAUCUGUGGAUUUCCUGUUGCCCACUGGAAUCUACAUCAACCUGGAUGUCCCUCGAGAUGCCACCAUAUCUCAUAUUAAACAGCUGUUAUGGAAGCAGGCACAUGCCUAUCCACUCUUUCAUCUCCUCAUGGAGAUUGACUCUUACAUGUUCUCAUGUGUGAAUCAGACUGCUGUACAUGAAGAACUAGAGGAUGAAACACGGAGACUUUGUGAUGUUAGACCCUUUCUUCCUGUCCUUAAACUAGUGACAAGGAAUUGUGAUCCAGGAGAAAAGUUGGAUUCCAAAAUAGGUGUCCUUAUAGGCAAAGGUCUCCAUGAAUUUGAUGCCUUACAAGAUCCUGAAGUGAAUGACUUCCGAGCUAAAAUGCGGAGGAUCAGUGAGGAAAAGAUUCAGUCACUUGUGGGUCUCUCCUGGAUGGACUGGUUAAAGCACACUUACCCACCAGAACAGGAACCUGUUAUCCCAGAGAGCUUCCAGGAUAAGCUCUAUAGUGGAAAUCUUGUAGUGGCUGUUCAUUUUGAUAACUGCCAGGAUGUAUUUAGUUUUCAAGUGUCUCCUAACAUGAAUCCCAUGAAGCUGAACGAGCUGGCAAUCCGAAAACGUUUGACUAUCCAUGGAAAAGAAGAUGAGGAAGUUGAUCCUGCUGACUAUGUGCUGCAAGUUAGUGGAAAGCUAGAAUAUGUUUUUGGUGAUCAUCCGUUAAUUCAGUUUCAGUAUAUCCGCAACUGUGUGAUGAACAGGACUCUUCCUCAGCUGACUCUGGUCGAGUGUUGCACCAUAAAGAAGAUGUGUGAGCAGGAGAUGAUUGCCAUAGAAGCUGCCAUAAACCGAAAAUCAUCCAACCUUCCUCUUCCUCUGCCACCAAAAAAAACAAGAACAACAACUAGUGUGUGGGAUAUUUCCAACCCUUUCAAGAUUAUUCUGUUAAAGGGUAAUAAACUAAAUACAGAAGAAAAUGCCAAAGUUCAUGUUAGGGCUGGUCUUUUCCAUGGUACAGAGCUGCUCUGUAAAACUAUUGUAAGCACAGAAAUAUCUGGGAGAAGUGACCAUGUUUGGAAUGAAGUGCUUGAGUUCGAAAUCAAUGUCUGUGAUCUGCCAAGGAUGGCAAGGCUCUGCUUUGCUGUUUAUGCUGUGAUGGAUAAGGUGAAAACUAAGAAGUCCACCAAGGCAAUGAAUCCUUCCAAAUACCAAACCAUUAGGAAAGCAGGAAAAGUGCAUUAUCCUGUAGCCUGGGUAAAUACCAUGGUGUUUGAUUAUAAAGGACAGUUGAAGAAUGGAGAACUGGUACUGCACAGCUGGUCAUCAUUUCCUGAUGAACUUGAAGAAAUGUUGAAUCCCAUGGGAACUGUCCAGACUAACCCUUACACUGAAAACGCAACAGCUUUGCACAUUAGAUUUCAAGAAUAUUCUAAACAGCCUAUUAAUUACCCUCCCUUUGAUAAGAUACUUGAAAAGGCAGCUGAGAUUGCAAGAAAUAGUGACAAUGCUGCAAUGGCGGGUCGAGGUGGUAAGAAGUUUUAUGUUGUGCUAAAAGAAAUAAUGGAAAGAGAUCCUUUAUCUCAACUCUGUGAAAAUGAAAUGGAUCUCAUUUGGACAUUGCGAUAUGACUGUCGUGAAAAUUUCCCACAAUCAUUGCCAAAACUGCUGCUCUCUUUAAAAUGGAACAAACUUGAAGACGUUGCUCAGCUUCAGGCUCUCCUGCAGAUAUGGCCCAAGCUGCUGCCCAGAGAAGCUUUAGAGCUGUUGGAUUUCAAUUACCCAGACCAGUAUGUCAGAGAAUAUGCAGUGGGUUGUUUAAAGCAGAUGAGUGACGAAGAGCUCUCUCAGUAUCUUCUCCAACUUGUGCAAGUUCUGAAGUAUGAACCUUUCCUGGAUUGUGCACUCUCCAGAUUUCUCUUGGAAAGAGCUCUUGCCAAUAGGAGAAUAGGGCAGAUGUUGUUCUGGCAUCUGAGGUCAGAGGUGCACAUACCUGCUGUCUCAGUGCAGUUUGGUUUGAUACUUGAAGCUUACUGCCGAGGAAGUGUUGCUCACAUGAAAGUGCUUGCUAAGCAGGUGGAAGCCCUUAAUAAAAUGAAGACUUUAAAUAGUCUAAUUAAGCUGAAUGCCAUGAAGCAAAGCAAAGCAAAAGGAAAAGAUGCAAUGCAUACGUGUUUGAAACAAAAUGCUUACAGAGAAGCACUUUCUGACCUUCAGUCUCCUCUGAAUCCUUCUGUUAUACUUUCAGAACUGCAUGUUGAGAAGUGUAGAUAUAUGGAUUCUAAAAUGAAGCCUCUAUGGAUAGUAUAUAACAACAAAAUGUUUGGAGGAGAUCUUGUGGGUAUCAUUUUUAAAAAUGGUGAUGAUCUCCGACAGGACAUGUUGACGCUCCAGAUCUUGCGUUUGAUGGACAUACUUUGGAAAGAAGCUGGUCUGGAUCUCCGGAUAUUGCCAUAUGGCUGUUUAGCAACUGGAGAUCACUCUGGCCUUAUUGAGGCUGUUUCUAGUUCAGAAACCAUUGCUGACAUUCAGUUAAAUAGCAGCAAUGUUGCUGCUGCUGCUGCCUUCAACAAGGACGCACUCUUGAACUGGCUGAAGGAAUACAACUUAGGAGAUGACUUGGAUCGAGCCAUUGAAGAAUUUACUCUGUCUUGUGCUGGCUACUGUGUAGCUACUUAUGUGUUGGGAAUUGGUGACAGGCACAGUGACAACAUCAUGGUCAGAAAAAAUGGGCAGCUGUUUCAUAUAGAUUUUGGGCAUAUUCUUGGGAACUUUAAGUCCAAGUUCGGAAUUAAAAGGGAACGGGUACCUUUCAUACUCACCUACGAUUUCAUUCAUGUUAUUCAACAAGGAAAAACAGGGAACACUGAAAAAUUUGGUCGGUUCCGGCAGUAUUGUGAGGAAGCAUACUUGAUUCUGCGCAAGCACGGAAACCUAUUUAUUACACUCUUUGCACUGAUGCUAACUGCAGGGCUUCCAGAGCUAACCUCUGUCAAGGACAUCCAGUAUCUCAAGGACUCUCUGGCCUUGGGGAAGAGUGAGGAAGAAGCACUAAAACAGUUUAAGCAAAAGUUUGACGAAGCACUCCGGGAAAGUUGGACUACUAAAGUGAACUGGAUGGCUCACACUGUUCGAAAAGAUUACAGAUCCUAGAAGAUUUCUGCAUUUGCACUAAGCUGAAGGUUACCUUGAUAAGUGUUUUGAAAGGGUCUCUGUUGUAUGGACCAACAAGACUGAUUUAAAACAAGAAAAGAAAACAAGAACAAAAGAAAUGGGCUGAAAUGAUUCCUGAGUCUUUUGCACUCUGCUUCUGAAUGCUUGAUUUCAAGACUGUCUCUACAAAUAGUGACUAGAUAAUCUUUUUUUGACUUUGCACGCUGAGAGCUACUAGGCAUUUUUAAAAAUUCUUUGGUACUUUAUGGAGGUGUAAAUAAUUGUUUUUAUACGUUAGGGUAAUGUACUCUAACAUCCUCAGGAGGUUUGAAGACCUCUGACAGAACUGUUCUUUGUUUAAAGUUGGGACUUAAAGAGUAAAUUCUUUUUUUAUAUCCUAAUCUGGCUAAAAGUGACCAUAUUGUGUAUAUUUUUCAUAUGACCUCUGCCCUACUGGCACAGAUGCAUUAAUUCUACUGUAAAUAGCAACCACAGUAUCACUGUACUGCAGGGAACUGCUUCAUGUCUCAUGCUGCUGCUGAAAGAAGAGUAGAUGUCUGUAUGGUGUGGGGAAGGAUGGGGAGACCUUUGAGGAUGAUGCGGCAUCCAGAUGUUCAGGGUUGCACAGUUUUGUUCCUCUGACACAGCACACACACAAGAAACCCUUCAGAAAGAGAAAGGUUAGGCCAAUUCCAAACAUGUCUGAGAAUCCCUCAUUGGAAUGGUCUCCCACUCAGCCUCUGAGGCUUUGCCUUCAGCUCCUCGAGAGGCACAUUUGUUUCAGGUUCAGCAAGAAGCUCCUUACAGCCUUACACUGAAAUUCAUGUCUUGGAUUCAUUGUUCCCUGCAAAUGUACUGACUUAAGUAAGGGACAUUUUCAUAAAACAUACUACACAUAGUGAUUUUUAGAGCACACAUACCAAAAACCCCAAAUGUUUGGAAAAGCAAGUGUUUAUGGGAAAAGAUCAUUCCACAGAACACCAAUGUGAAGUCUCUGAUCUUUCCUCUGUGUAUUUAUUAAAAGCUUGCAGCAACAUUGCUUUACCAGGAUAUAUAUGUUGAAGAUGGUUGCUGAAGAAACUGGAUUUAUUUUAAUUUAUUUAGUGAGGUACCAGGCUUUUAGGUGCUUAAAUGGAGAGCAAAUUUGUUACGUGCAAUAGGGAACUGCUGGUUAAAAGAUGUAACAUACUGUUUCUGAACAUCAGCAAGAGAGGUUUUAACUACUGCUUGUUCUCCAAGGAACACUGGUAGCUCUCAAUUCGUGUUGACAUUUGAAAGAGAAUUAAACAUAUAUAUUUACUUUUUGACUAAACAGUUGUUCUGCAUAGAAAUGUUGUUUUAUGUAGGAAUUUAAUUAAAGGUGGUUUUACUUUGUUGA